AUGAGUAUAAACAAAAUUAAAUAUGACGAACUAGAGGAACUAAGAAGGAAAAAUGAAGUAUUAACAAAUUUGUUAAAUAAACUAAUAGCUUUUGACAAAAAAAGGAUAUUUUUAUACCCCGUGAACGUACAGUAUGUUCCUGAUUAUUUGAACAUAAUAAAGGAACCAAUGGAUUUUACCACGAUGAAACAAAAAAUUCAAAAUUUUAAAUAUAACAGCUUUCAACAGUUCGAAAAUGAUUUUUUUUUAAUUAUCAACAAUUGUUAUACUUAUAAUGAUAGAAGUACAAUAUACCACAAAAUAGCAGAAAAUGUAGAAAACUACUACAAUAAAAUUAGCAUUAAAAUGCAUAGGAAAUAUUUAAAUAUACAUCUCCUAUAUCAUAACGAGGAUAAAAAUAUUGUAAAUAAUGCUAUACUUAACACUGAUAUAAGUGAUGGAAAAAAGGGUACCAUAAAAGAAAAUAAAAGAAAUGUAAAGAUAAAGAAACAUGGAAAGGUAGGAAGACCAUGUAAAGUAAAUGUAGAUGUUAAAAACAACUUCAAUGAUAACACAGAUAUAUCUAUUAAUUCUCUUAAUAAGAAAAAAAAAAAAAGUAACAAUAAAAUAUUAGAAAAAUCAAAUGUAAAAGUGCCUAAUAUUUCUCGUUGCAAUGAAUUUGGAUCUUUUAACAACCUUAUAAAUAAUAAUAAUUAUAAUAAUAAUAAUAAUAAUAAUAAUAAUAAUAAUAAUAAUAAUAAUAAUAAUAAUAAUAAUAAUAAUAAUAAUAAUAAUAAUUAUAAUAAUUAUAAUAAUAAUAAUAAUAAUAAUAAUAAUAAUAAUAAUAAUAAUAAUAAUAAUAAUAAUAAUAAUAAUAAUGGAAAUGAUAACACAAGUUCUAGUCUAGAAAAUUUGAUAGAGCAGGAAAACUUUAGCGCAAUCAUAGAUACUAUAUUGAAUAGUAAUGACAAAUCAAAGGAUAUUUUUAAUUCAUUAAUUAAAGUGUUAUCUUAUAAAAAAGAUAACCAUCCCAACUUAUAUAACUAUGUAAAUAUUAGUAAAUCAUUGUAUAAUAUUUUUUUUCAAAAAUCUCUUUUGCCCCAAAAAAAAAUUAAUGAAGAUUGCUUAACAGACAUUAAUGAUAGUUACAAGAAGUUAUAUGAAUAUAUUAGAAAAAGAAAGAGAUGUGAUGCAAAUGAAAAUUUAGACUUAUAUAAUGAAAAAUGUAAAUUAUUAAGUCGAGAGAAACGUAAUAAUUACUGUUUUAAUAAUUCGGGGAAUACUAUUCAACAUGAUAAUUGUGGAAAAAUACAUAAAAACUGUAAUAAAGAUAAUGCUGGAGGUUGCAUUAAUUCCUUUUCAUUUAUUAAUAAUGACAAUAUUUUUAGAACAAAUAACAACCAUUAUAAUAAAUAUAAUAAAAAUAUUAAUAAUGAAAUCCUAAAAAAAAGCCAAUUUUUUGAAAAUCAUUCUGGUGGUUCAUUAAAUAGGGAUUUAACUGAAAAUGAAGAUAUUCUUGAACAAUCAAAAGAAGUUACAACAUGCAACAUUGAAAAGGAGGAAUUAACGAUGAAACUCUUAAAUUAUAAAGAGAGCGUGAAAAAUUUUAUUGGAGAAGAAAAUCUUCCCACAUUCAUUAGCAUAUUUCCAAAUAUUUAUAACAUUUUAGAUAACGCAGAUUCAAGUAAUUUAUACUAUUCUGCUUUUAAUGAUUUAAGGAUGUUCGGUUUAGAUGUAGCAGAUUUUGAUGAUUUUAACAAAAAUAUUUCUUAUGACAAAAAUUGUUUACUAGGUGUUGGAAGACAUCAUAUUAAAAACAUACUAACAUUAGAUAAGAAUUUGUCCAAUAUAAUGUAUAAUGAUCAAAACGAAUCCCAAUUUUCUGAUAAGUUAAAAUCAUAUUUAUUAGGAAAUAAAAAAUACGGAGAAAAUAGCUUCCAUUGCAAUGAUAGAAAUAAACAUGCAAAUAUAAACACGCAAAAUUACUUUUUAAAUAAACAGAAUAAAAUAGGUAAUAAUUCUAUAUUUGAAACGCAAAGUAAACAUGAAGAUCUGAAUAACCAAAACUUUAGAUUCAUCAAUAACUCCGAAUUAUCCGUUAAUAACAGUAAUAAUAUCUCAAUGAAUUAUAAUUCAUUCGGACAUAAUACUAAAGGCAGAAUUAAUGAAAAAUUAAGCAAGCCAUGUGAUCAUCUGUAUUUUCAUCAUAAUGAAUUAAAUUCUAUAUAUGUACCAAACUCCAUAGGUGAAGAUAUUUCGAGUGAAUCAUCAUCUGAUAUGGAGAAUUUGAACCUAAGAAAAUUUUUAAAUACAUAUAAUUUUUUUCAUAAAGAAUUUUUAAAGAAUAAAAAGAUUCAGAAGAUAGUGAAUAAUAAGCCAAAUGAAACAUACACAAAUAUUUAA